AUGUCGUUUGAAACCCAGCUCGAGAAAGUGGAGCAUGCAGUGUCAGCAGGAAUGCAUGAAGUGUAUUCAGGGCUCAACCGUCCUGACUAUGAUGUUCCACCCCAUCUUGGUGGAGAUUCACCCCAGCAGAUCAACUGGUUGGCAGUGCUGAUACUUGUAUCAGUUUGCCUCUCCCUUGGACUUGGUUGGAUUCUCGAUAGCAGAUGUCGAGGUGCCUUAAUGGAAGGAAGGCCACACUUCUGGGCCAUACUGCUACUUUGCGCAAGCUACUUGCUGUUGAUCCCUGGACUGAUAAAUCCAGUCUUCAGCUUCAGCAUUGUCAUCAACAUCAUCGGGCACCGAAAGAACGUCGAGCCGGAAGCCGGCCAUCCAGUCUGCACGGAGACUACAACAGGUCUGGCGCAUCUUCUGUGGAAGACGGGCUCCAGAGUUGGCGCUUUCUUCAUCAUCCUGUUUUCCAUGGUCAUCCCUGCCCUCGAGCUGAUUAUGCUAGUGUUUGGCGAAAUCUUUCGCUUCGCUUCUGCGAGAUUUGCUGAAGUUUUCAGGUGGGUGAUUCUUUGGGUGCAGCACCGAUCCAAGUGGGCAUCUCCAGACAUGUUUGCAUACGUACUUUUGGUGGAUCUGGUGCGCACGCUUGACCAAGAGCCGCUGAUUCUGUCCAGGGCCAGGCUGGAGAUCGGCUUCUCGUGUUUCAGCACGUUCGUGGUCACAGCGACCAUUUCAUCUCUCGGGGUGCCGCUGCCAGAGGUCAGAGAUAAAGCAGCUCCGCGGCCACCUCUUGCAUUGCGGUGCUUGGGCGAAACUGGGCUAGCCAUUUGCGUAAGUCUGCUGGCGCUAUGUUUUGUGCCACUGUUUGUGGUUGGGCUUUGUUCUCCAUGCAUGUCUUUUCACAUUGAGACAAAGCAGCUCUUUCCACCAUAUGGUCCUCUUCCGGAGUCAGCGCGUACGGUCGUCGACAUCUUGGAUUUGAAGCACUUACUCAGGUCGGAGACGAGCAUCAUCUCUUGCGUUGCAGACUACUUUGCCCGCUUGCAUGAGUGGGAAGCCAACACAUUUAUAUCUUUGACGCUUAUAUUGGGGUGUGUGGUGGGUAGCACUGUUCUGGACAUGCUUUCACUCGUUCUCGCUGCUCUGCGCCUGUCCAGUGACAAGGGCUAUGCAUCUCUCAGUUGGCGAUAUGCAGAUGCAGAGCAUCCAACGUCAGAGAUUGGCCAGCGGACCCCAAGCUGCCAUUGGAUUGCUAUCGCACGUGUCGCGCGAAAGCUAUCAAUGCUGGACGUGGCUAUGGUAGGUGUCUAUUUGGUCACUGUGUGUAUGUCCAUGUAUGCAAAAUAUGGUGUUGUGGUUUCCUUGGAGCAUGGCAUGCUUAUCCUGCUGGGUGCUGAGUGCAUUCAUGCUUUCACAUACUACCUGGUGGACUCCGCGUAUGAGUACCACGAGGACUCGCAUGCAUGGAAUUUGGAAGCUCUUCGGUCGAAGACUGAUCAGGCGAGCACAGACGUUGCUCCAUCUUAUGUUGAUCUUGGCUGCUGUGCCUCUCACACUUGGCCGAAGAUUUGGCGAAUUCUGCAACUAAAGCCAAGCAAGUUCUGA